AUGCCGAUAAUCCCUCUUCUUUUGGCGGUUAUAUCGACGCCGCUUGCAGCGCAAACUAUCAGGAACUGGAACCAAUGCUACUACGCCAAAGACUCACCCGCACAUGCCAGCCUCGUACCAUGUCUGAAUGAGGAUGAUUCCCUGGCAAAGGGUAGCACCUCCAAUUACAGCUCCAGCUGGUGCUGUUUUGCUGGCGAUAACUGCGUGGUUCAGGCCUGCUGGGACAACGUGACCGCUGUUACAUAUCAGUAUGGCUGCAAUGAUCCGACCUACGAGCAUGAGAAUUGUCCGCCAAAAGGGGGUCUAGACAUGGGAAAGUCGCCUUGGAUAGGCCUAGUCAGAUGUAAUGAUAGCAGCAACGAAGGGUUCCAGAAAUUCUGGGCAUGCAACCAUCCUGAUACCUGUGGCGAGUACUGUCCGGUUGAGAGAGCCAGACCGCAGCAGACGCAGUCCGUCUGGCCAGAUACAAUCCAAAAUCUGCCACCACUAGGCGGUUGCAGUGACUUGGGCACAAGGGUACUCGCGCUGUAUGCUCCGACAGUUCUUAACUCAACAGGAGGUGUGCCAGCAACUGUCAAUACCAACGGAAAACCAGCACCAACAUACCCGAGUCCGAAUAGCCAAAAUGCUACGCCUUCAUCUGUUACUCGAACUCAAAUUGCAUCUGAUCCCGGCAGUUGGGCAACCGCAACUCCAACCGUAACGACUCGGCCGGAAGCAGCAGCAGCCCUGAGUGGAGGCGCCAUCGCAGGUAUUGCUGUUGGUUCGACUCUGGGUGCAGUUGCACUAUUUGCCGGCUUCUUUUUCAUGUGGCGCCGGCGUCGUCCCAGACAUGAGGAUGAAACUACUUAUACAGCCGCUCCAACUUCUACACAAGAUGUCUCGCAGGCUGGCUCGAGCGGUGCGUCGGAACUCGUGCCUCACGACAAACGAAACCUCCUGCAGCCUAAUACUCCCUCCACAAUUUCGGACGAUACAGGGAUUAGGCGGCCAGUAUCCGAUAUGAGUAUCAGUACGGUAUCUCCCAGUCCGAUGGGUACCCCGAGAACCCCAGGGUCGCCAUACUAUCAGCAGGGACCGUAUGCUGGACAUUCAGAGUUACCAAACGAUCCCAAAGUGAUCCAUGAGAUGCCAGCAAUCAACGAGAGGUCCGAAAUGCCGUAA